AUGGCGUCCGUCCCGGGAUACUCUGCAACAGGCAGAACCAGCUCACUCGAUGACACCGCAUCCGCCAAUUCUGAUGCAAACACAAUUUCUCAAGAGAGCGUCUCACUUCACGAUGAGUUGAUAGAAGACACCGAAACCGUGUUCUUCAAUAAAAGCGUAUCAACCCCGAGUCACGGGUCGGAAAUUUCAAGCAAAUCACUCAGUCCAUCAUCCAAGCCUUCACAUGCUUCGGAUGAAGACGAGCCGCGCAAAUGCUGGAUUUGCUAUACAGACGAAACGGAAGACUCGCCACUGAAUUUGGAAUGGCGGUCGCCUUGCCCUUGUGCCUUAACAGCCCAUGAGGCAUGUCUGCUCGACUGGCUUGCCGACAUGGAAAACCCCCGAUCGCGCAAAAGCAACGGUGGUGGUGUAACAAUGAUGUGUCCUCAGUGCAAAACGGAAAUUGUGGUCACUCGCCCGCGGAGCUAUGUGGUCGAUAUGCUUCGAUUGGUCGAGCGUGUAGCAGGCCGAUUAGUUCUUCCUGGCAUGAUGUUCACGGUGGCCGGCACUGUAUGGGCCGGGUGCUGCGCGCAUGGUGUUUAUUCAAUGAACCUCGUUUUCGGAACCGAGGACGCUAAACAUAUCAUAGAGGAUACUCUGGAUGGCCCAUGGAAUCCCGGAAUGAAUAUCGGAUUGCCGCUUAUCCCGCUAGUCUUAAUAUUCUCCCGCACUCGGUAUGCCGAAGGCCUUCUUCCAGCGAUUCCGGUUCUUUUCUUCGCUGCACAUAACCCGGGGCAGGAACCCGACUUCGACUUGUGGCCACCUACACCGGCCAUGACGUUUGCCGCGCUGCCAUACGUCAAAAGUUUCUAUGGGGCACUUUACGAACGGUUCUUCGGUGGCCUGGAACGGAAAUGGAUUUCCGAGGUGCAGCCCCGUGCAGCGGAAGAAAUUUUGGAUGAUGCGCAGCAACAAGAUCAAGCGGAGGGUCUCAACCAGUUCGGCGAUAAUGGGAACGGACAGAUCCUGAUGGAGAUUGAUCUUGAGCUGCAAAUGGGAAUAAACGAUGGAGAUGAACCGGUCCUUCCCGUCAGGCAAGAUGAAGAUGCCGAUGGCGGCCUCAACGGAGCUCAAGAUGCUGAACAAAACAACAACCCACUAGGACUUGGGCGGCGACAGAACGAGAUCAUUGCCGAUACCGGCAGCAUUGCCGAAAUCGUACUCGGGGCGCUCAUCUUCCCAGCAGUCUCAGCGUCAAUGGGUGGCCUGUUGAAAUGUCUUUUGCCCAAGUCAUGGACAUCCUCAAUGAUGGACCGUGGCCGCUUAGGACUGCUCCAGACCCGCUGGGGUCGCAGCGUUGUUGGCGGGUGCAUGUUUGUUCUCUUGAAAGAUGCAUUGGUUCUUUAUUGCCGGUGGAAGCUAGCCCAGACACACCGUCGCCGCAAGGUCUUGAACUACGAUCGAUCUAAGAAACACCAUGGCACAAAGCGGUCCACUGGAUAA